CCGUGGUGAGGUCCCCGCCCCGGAGCCCCUCACGGCGGUCCUUCUGACGGUGAGUGUGAGGUGAGCUGAUUAAGAGUCUUUGAAGGCAGUUGUGAAGCUCCUCAACAUAGUGUCACCUGAGCAAACAUCCCAGACCCCAUCAGGACCAGGACCACAUGGCUGCUCCUCAGGGACCGUUAACCUUCAGGGAUGUGGCCAUCGAUUUCUCUCAGGAGGAGUGGGAAUGCCUGGACCCAGCUCAGCGGAAGUUGUACCUGGAUGUGAUGGUGGAGAACUACAGCAACCUGGCCUCCCUGGAUUCUGGUAAAACAUCUAAUUGGUCUUCAGGUUGUACUCUAAAUCAGAAAAUUCAUGCUGGAGAGAAGCCUUACAAAUGUAAAGCAUGUGGCAAAGCCUUUAAAUGUCAUUCAUCUCUUAUGGUACAUAAGGGAAAAAUUCAUACUAUUGGAAAAUUUUACAAACUCAGGGAAAAUGGAAAAGGCUUUAGUGAGUCCUCAAGACAUACUCAGCAUCAUAGAAAUGAUACGGGAGAAAAGUCUUAUAAAUGUUCAGAAUGUGACAAAGCCUUUACCUGGCCCUCAACCCUUAGUAUUCAUCUGAGAAUACACACUGGAGAGAAACCUUAUGAAUGUAAUGAAUGUGGCAAAGCCUUUAACCAGUCCUCAUUUACUUAUCAUCAGAGAGUUCAUACUGGAGAGAAGCCUUAUAAAUGUAGAGAAUGUGGCAAAGCCUUUAGAUGUUCCUCACAUUUUAUUACCCAUCAGUUAUUUCAUACUGGAGAGAAGCCUUAUAAAUGUAGAGAAUGUGGCAAAGCCUUUAACCAGUCAUCAAACCUUAUUUAUCAUCAGAGAGUUCAUACUGGAGAGAAGCCUUAUAAAUGUAGAGAAUGUGGCAAAGCCUUUAGAUUUUCCUCACAUUUAAUUACCCAUCAGUUAUUUCAUACUGGAGAAAAGCCCUAUAAAUGUAGAGAAUGUGGCAAAGCCUUCACUGCGUUAUCAACCCUUACUAUCCACCAGAGAAUUCACACUGGCAAGAAGCCUUAUAAAUGUGGAGAAUGCGGCAAAUCCUUUGGUAGAACCUCACACCUUGCUUAUCAUCAAAGAGUUCACACUGGAGAGAAGCCUUAUCAAUGUAGAGAAUGUGGCAAAGCCUUUAGAUGUUCCUCACAUCUUAUUACCCAUCAGAGCAUUCAUACUGGAGAGAAGCCUUAUCAAUGUAGAGAAUGUGGUAAAGCCUUUAAAAGUUCCUCAUACCUUGCUAAUCAUCAGAAAGUUCAUACUGGAGAGAAGCCUUAUAAAUGUGGAGAAUGUGGUAAAGCCUUUAAAAGUUCCUCAUACCUUACUAAUCAUCAGAGAGUUCAUACUGGAGAGAAGCCUUAUCAAUGUGGAGAAUGUGGCAAAGCCUUUACACGUUCCUCAUACCUUACUAAUCAUCAGAGAGUUCAUACUGGAGAGAAGCCUUAUCAAUGUGGAGAAUGUGGCAAAACCUUUACACGUUCCUCGUACCUUACUAAUCAUCAGAGAGUUCAUACUGGCGAGAAGCCUUAUCAGUGUGGAGAAUGUGGCAAAUCCUUUAGAUGUUCCUCAUACCUUACUAAGCAUCAGAGAGUUCACACUAGAGGAAAGCCUUAUAAAUUUAGAGAAUGUGGCAAAGCCUUUGAUGGAAACUCACAACUUAGUAAGCAUCAGACAGUUCACACUGGAGAGAAGCCUCAUAAAUGCAGAGAAUGUGGCAAAGCCUAUAGAUGGUCCUCAGAACUUACUAAUCAUCAGAGAGUUCAUACUGGAGAGAAGCCUUUUAAAUGUAAAGAAUGUGACAAAUCCUUUGGUGCAUCUUCAAGCCUUGUUUAUCAUCAGAGAGUUCACACUGGAGAGAAGCCUUUUAAAUGUAUAGAAUGUGGUAAAGCCUAUAGAUGGUCCUCAGACCUUAUUAAGCAUCAGAGAGUUCACACUGGAGAGAAGCCUUAUAAAUGCAGAGAAUGUGGGAAAGAAUUUAGGUGCCCCUCAAACCUUACUAAGCAUGAGAGAGUUCACAAGGAGAAGCCUUUUAAAUGUAUGGAAUGUGGUAAAGCCUAUAGAUGGUCCUCAGACCUUAUUAAGCAUCAGACAGUUCACACUGUAGAGAAGCCUCAUAAAUGCAGAGAAUGUGGCAAAGCCUUUAGCUACCCCUCAAAACUAAUUAAGCAUCAGAGAGUUCAUACUGGAGAGAAGCCUUAUACAUGUAGAGAAUGUGGCAAAUCCUUUGUCAAUUCCUCCUACCUUACUAAACAUGAGAUAGUUCAUACUGGAGAGAAGCCUUAUACAUGAAGGAAGUGUAACAGAGCUUUAAUUCAGUGUGCCUGCUGCACUAUACAGCAGAGAGUGCAUACUUGAGAGAAGUCUUACAGAUGUGCUUGGUGUCAUCAGUCCUUGAUCAGCAGUGAGUACUUACUGAACAUCACAGAAUUCAUACUGGAAAGAAAAAUGUAAAAAAGUGACUUUGAAAGUCACUCAGGUAUUAUUGUACUUGAGAUAUUCAAAAGAGAGAGAGACCAAACAAAUGUAGAGAAUGGGAUGGAGCCUUUACCCACAGCUCACAAUUCACUGCACAUCAGGGACUUUAAUAGUGGAGGGACGCCUUACACUGUAGAAAAUGUGAGAAAGCCUUAACCUUUGGUCAAACUCAACAUUUCAGGAAUCAUUCUAAAGAAACAGCAGUAAUAUAAAGUUUUCAUCCACAGAUUUCUCCAUGGUUGAAACUUCAUUGAGAAUGACAAAAUGAGGUGUUACAAAUUAUGAGGCAUAUUGUCAAAGUGUAUGUCCUCAUUUAUAUGUCAUACUAUAUCUGAUAAUUAUUACUGGAUUGAUGUCCCAUCAACAUAAAGAAUGUGACAAAGCUUACUCAGUGUGCAACCCUGACCCAACAUGAGCAUUCACGCUGGGGAGAAACCUCAAAUGUAAACAAUGUCCUAAAGUCUUUAGUAAGCAUCCAUAGCUUAUUCCUCACAUUGGAAUUCAUUCUAGAGGGAAACCUUAACUCUAAAGAAUGUCGGAAAUCAUAUACUUGGAUCUACAGCCUCAGUCAUUAUCAGCUAUUGUAAUUUUGCAGAAAUUCCACAUUUAUGAUAUAGCAGGAAGGAUUUUUCUUCAAAAUGUACAUACAAAACUCCAAGGAAUUUAUGCCUUAAACAGAUUUUAAAGAUGUAAAAACUUUAUCCAAGUAUGCAAUUGAUUAUGGAUUUCAAAGUAUCACUGAAUUCACACUAAUAGGUUGCCAAAAUGCCUUUCAGGUAUUGUUCUAAGUCAGAAUGUUUAUUAAACAGUGUCCUCCAAACUUAAAAUGUAGUUAGGGAAUAUUUAUAUACUUGAAUAUAUCAAAAGAAUUAAUGUUUCCAUAUGUCCAGUUACAUAGAGUGUUAUCUAAUUUACAUUGAAAUCAUUUGAAGUCUUGAAAAGGAAAUAUUAAUGUAAUUGUAAUCCCAUAUCACUUGAUGCUGCUAUGUUUUAUUUCUGGUAUAUGUGCGAGUGAAAUGGGGUUGAUUGUUUCUGCCUUAAAGAUCUGUGAGCUGUUGUAUAUUAUAUGGACUUCACUUGUGUAUACUUUCCCAUGGAAUAUUGGAUACAUUCUAAG